AAAGCCUCUCAUAGGACAGCUUAUUUUUGUAUUCAAACAAAUCGGAUACUUUCUUGUUUUUUGGGUUUCCCCUAAAUUACACCAAGAUUUUAUCAUGUUCUCUUGAAGAUCAUCUCUACUGAGUACAAGAAAAGGACUCACCAUGAAGGCAAAAGGUUUCAUCAGACGAAAACGGAGUGGGAACCUUAUAAGGGUUUUUUUCCUUCUCUCUACUCUGGCCCUGUUUGUCUUCAUACUAAGAUUAAUGGACCUUCUGAAGAUAAAAUGUGCAGAAAACUUUGUCAAGAAAGGAACCUCUGCUCCUAGCAUGCCUGAUGACUUCUGCACCUUCAAGCCACUGUCUCCUGCAGAUGCUGAGGAGGAACGUCUCUUAUUGGACUCCAUCGCCUGGCCUAAAACUCCACUUUUGCCCACUCCUCUUUCAUUGAAUCAGACGAGUGAUCCUUCUCACAGCACUUUCACCAUGCUUCCUAGGAAAGGUGGAGGAGAGUGGCAUGUGGGAGAUCAGCUGGAGGUUAUGAUACAAAUGUAUGACUUCCGUGGAAAGGCCAAGGAGUAUGGAGGAGAUUUCUUAAUUGCAUGGUUGCACAACAGGACACUUGAAGCUGGUGUGGCCGGACGAGUGCUGGAUCACCUGAAUGGCUCCUACUCUGCUGUGUUCAGUUUACUCUGGGAAGGAAGAGCACAGGUGGAGGUGACACUUGUUCACCCCAGCAUGGCUGUCACAGUUCUGCGCAGGCUGAACAGAGAACAUCCCGACAGGAUCAUCUUCAACAGUGUCUUCCGCUCAGGGUCCAUCUCUGAAAAUACAAACUGUAAUGUUUGUUUGCGUCAAACCAACCAGACACAAUGCAACUUCACUGACCUCCGUACUGGUGACCCUUGGUUCUGCUAUAAGCCGAAAAACCUGAGCUGCGAUGCCAGGGUUAGCCACACGAAAACAGGAUAUAUGAAUGUACUCACAGCCAAAGAGAAGAAGCUCUUUCAAAGGAACAUCAACAUGAAAGUCUCCAUCAAGGCUGCAGGACCUGCCAGUGUCACUGUGUUGCCACAAAGGAAAGGUGAGCCCUCUGAGGAAAAAGGACAACCCAGGACUGAUCAAGGCAGUGAGAAGUCUGGGCUCUCUGGUUAUUACUACCAGGGUGUGUGGCGAUCACUAGGGGACACCAAAGUCAGACAAUUCAAAAACGCCUCUGCCAUCAGUGAGUGUCUGAAAGGCAAAAUGGUCCACCUGUACGGAGACUCCACCAUCAGACAGUGGUAUGAGUUCCUCGAUGAUGCACUGCCAGAUGCUAAAACGGUAGACCUCAACAGUCCAAAGCAAGCAGGACCUUUCAUGAUAUGGGACAGUGCAAAGGACAUCUUAGUAACAUACCGCAUCCACGGCCUUCCUCUUCGCAUCACCAUAAUGCCAACCAGCAAGGAGAGCUACAUUGCCAAUGAACUUGAUGCUCUUGUUGGUGGUCCCAACACCGUUGUAGUUAUUGGUAUCUUUGCCCACUUUAGCACUUUCCCAAUAGAGAUCUACAUCAGACGGCUUCAGAGCAUCCGCAGGGCGGUGGUUCGUCUGUUGAACAGGGCUCCAGGAACACUGGUGGUCAUCAAGACUGGCACCCUCCAAGAUGUGCACAUUGCUUCAGUGGCAAGCAACAGCGACUGGUUCUCAAUUCAGUUGAACAAGGUGCUCAGAGCUAUGUUCAAAGGACUUCAUGUGCAACUAGUUGAUGCAUGGGAUAUGGUUCAAGCCUAUCACCUACCACAUGACAUUCACCCAAGACAUCCCAUAAUUAAGAAUAUGAUUGACGUUCUCUUGUCGUAUGUAUGCCCUCAAAAGAAAAAAAAAACAUCGUAAAUGAAAAUCGUGAUGACAAUGUAAUACUAAUGAUCAAAUUUUUAAUAUUUGAUCAGAUUUAAAGGAUAUUUAAUAACAUGUUAAUUAUGCAUUUCCCAUGUAUGCCUUACAGGUUUAUGUUGGUAUAUAUAUGUAUGUGUAUUUGUUUAUACAUCUGUAUGUGUAUAUAUGUAUGCAAACAGUGCAUCCAGAGAGUAUUCAUAAUGCUUCACUCUAUCCACAUUUUGAUGCUACAGCCUUAUUCAAUAAUGGAUUAAAUUCAUUUUUUACCUCACUACCUACUCAAAAUUGAGCUCAGGUGCAACCUUGAACUGCACAGUGCCAGAUCCACUCGGCCUGUUCGAUGGCCACGUCUGGCCCAUGUAUUUGAAACACAAGAACAUUACUAAUCAUCCUUAAGAUAUUUCUAACUUGAUUGGAGUCCACCUGUAAAUUCAGUUGAUUGGACAUGAUUUGGAAAGGCACAUACUUGUCUAUAAAAUGUCCCAUAGUUGACAGUGCAUGUCAGCACACGAACCAAGCCAUGAAGUCAAAGGAAUCGUCUGUAGACCUCCAAGAGAGGAUUUUAUGGAGGCAUAGAUCUUGGGAAGGGUACAGAAAAAUGUCUGCAGCAUUGAAGGUCCCAAUGAACAAAGUGGUUUUCAUCAUCCGUAAAUGGAAGGAGUUUGAAACCACCAGGACUCGUCCUACAGAUGGCCGCCCUGCCAAUCUGAGCGAUCCAGAUAGAAAGGCCUUAGUCAGGGAGGUGACCAUGAACGUGAUGGUCACUCUGACAGAGCUCCUUCUAGAAGGAUAUUUACACUAGAAGCACUCCACCAGUCAGGCUGUAUGGCAGGACAGAAGCAACUCCUCAGUGAAAGGCAUGUGAAAGCCUGCCUGGAGUUCACCUGAAGGACUCUCAGACCAUGAGAAACAAAAUUCUCUGGUCUUGGUUCAGGCACCACUCAUUACCUGGUCAAUACCAUCCCUACUGUUGUGAAUUCUCCCAUGCUGUCAAAAUGGCGACAUCUGGUGGCCAAUAAUGGUACAGCUCUGAAAGGAGCAAUAAUUGCUGACAGGUGUGUCAGGAACACAGUUGUGCCUGCAGCCAGCAUUAAAAGCCCAGCACAGUCAUACAGAGGUCUCUCUGAUCUCCAUCCACUCCCCAGCCAUGCAUCCUUGAGCAUGUAAAACUGUUUCUUUGUUUGACUGCAUUUUCUUUACUAUUUUUUUGUUAAUUAUACAAAUUAGAAAUUGAUUGUUCAAACUUAUGUUAACCUAUUACUUUAAUUGUUUUGUUGACACAGAAACCAUGGUUUGGAUGGAAUUAAAUCCUCAAACAGUGCUUCAAUUGUCAUCAGCUCUUUAAUUUGAGACACUGAGGUGGUCAGCUCUUUAACAAGAACUUAACAUGCUUUAAUACCUACAGUGAAGCAUGGUGGUGGCAGCAUCAUGCUGUGGGGAUGUUUUGCGACAGUAAGAACUGGGAGACUUAAGACUGAGGGAAAGAUGAAUACAGCAAUGUAAUGAGACAUCCUUGAUGACUGAUGGGCGAAGGUUCAUCUUCCAACAGGACAAUGUCCCUAAGCACACAGCCAAGAUGAUAAAGGAGUGACUCAGGGACAACUCUGAAUGUCUUAGAGUGGUCCAGCCAGAGCCCAGACUUGAACCCGACUAAACAGCUCUGGAGAGACCUGAAAAUGGCUGUAGGCCAAUGCUCCACUCCCAACCUAAUGGAACUUGAGAGGUCCUGCAUAGAAGAAUGGGAGAAACGGCCCAAAAAUAGGUGAGUCAGCCUUGUAGCAUUGCACUCAAUAAGACUUUAGGCUGUCAUUGCUGCCAAAGGUGCUUGAACAAAGUAUUGAGCAAAUAAUGUGAAUAAUUAUGUACAUGCUAUGUUUUUGUUUUUUUUCUUUUUAACACAUUUUCAAAAGUUUUAAACUUUUUUUUCACAUUGUCAUUAGGGGAUAUUGAGUGUAGAAUUUUGAGGUAAAAAAUUAAAUUAAAUUAAUUUGAUACAUUUUGAAAUAAGGGUGUAACAUAAAAUGUGGAAAAGUGAAGCGUUGUGAUUACUGUCUGGAUGAACUGUAUGCACAGAUAUAUGAA